AUGUGUGGGUGGUUUUUCAAUGCAAGCAGCGAGAAUCCGAUGCUCAUGCUAGGUUACCAAGUGGAUCCGUUUACUAACCGAUCCUCUGGUGAGAUUUUGACAACGCGUCUCUUGCCCCUCAUCGGCAACGUGAACAGAAAACCUCUAUUUGGCGGCUCCAUCAACUUCAGGCAUGUCCGGAACCCACUCAUCAAUUUCGUGGUUGUGUCGACUACAGAAGGACAAGACCAGGAGAGUGUCUUGAAGAGUAUCUUCCACCAUCAGAAGCCACGGGCGUUGGAGUGCGUUUUGUCAUGGUGCGUCAAGACGAUCAAGUCUACGUAUAAUGAGGCUACGUAUACCGAGAUUAUCCAAGAUCGCUUCAUCAACACGACUACGGGUCCAUUCCCGUGGACCUUUAUUAAACCUGACUCUAACUCUACGGAUGAAGUUGCAAAAGUGCAAUACUUACAGGACAUCACCGUUAAUCCGCAUGCCCUUGAGGGCCAGGGCAACACUUCCAGUUACGGGAUGUCCAAUCAGACUGCUUUCAAUAUCCUCUCCAUUUUCGAUGACUAUCUACCAUCGUUCGCGACACUCGCCAACAACGCUUCCCAGCAAUACAUGAAGUUCAUGUUUUGGGACGAAAAUCCCUGGUUGCGGGAAUUCCCGGAAAAUCCAUGGUCUGCACCGAACAACGUCACAUAUCGAAUGGAAAGGCUCGCAACAGUAAUGACGAACAUCAUGCGGCAGGCAGCCAAUGACACGACCUUCGGACAAUCAUUCAACGAGGAGACAUACAUAGAGGUUCGCUGGGUGUGGCUCACUCUGCCUGUCGGACUGCUUGGGUUGACUUUGGUCUUCCUAGCGGGAACUGUGAUACGUACGUCAAUGGAGAAGGAUCGCGUUGGCGUUUGGAAAAAUUCGGCUAUUGCGACGCUUCUCUACGGACUACCCGACGAAAUGCAGCGGAAGAUCACAGACUCGCAAGGGCACGGUACACCACGAUCCAAGGCGAAAGAACUGAAUGUCAGGAUGCUUCCUACGAAGGGUUGGCGAGUUUCAGGACAUGUGCUGUCACCAAUCGUACGGAAGCAGAAGCCGCCACCAGGAUGGAUAUAG